CCAUGCUAGCAGCUUUAGUGGAGCAGCUGAAGAAGACUGGACUCCAAGCUGCUCCUGCUGACCACUGCUAUGCUGGACCUGAAGAUGUGGCCUGUGAUUCCUGCACUGGGAGAAAACUGAAAGCCAUCAAGUCAUGUUUAUUCUGUCUGGCCUCUUUCUGUGAAGAAACACCUUCAGCCUCAUUUGAUUCAGCUGCAUUCAAGAAACACAAGCUGGUGGAGCCGUCCAAGAACCUCCAGGAGAACAUCUGCUCUAAGCAUGAUGAGGUGAUGAAGAUCUUCUGCCGCACAGAUCAGAAGUGUAUCUGCUAUCUCUGCACUAUGGAUGAACAUAAAGGCCAUGAAACAGUGUCAGCUGCAGCAGAAAGGACUGAGAGGCAGAGAGAGCUGGAGGAGAGACGAGGAAACAUCCAGCAGAGAAUCCAGGACCAGGAGAAAGAUGUGAAGCUGCUUCAACAGGAGGUGGAGGCCAUCAAUCGCUCUGCUGAUAAAACAGUGGAGGACAGUGAGAAGAUCUUCACCCAGCUGAUCCGUCUCCUCCAGAAAAGAAGCUCUGAGGUGAAGCAGCAGAUCAGAUCCCAGCAGGAAACUGAAGUGAGUCGAGUCAAAGAUGUUCAGGAGAAGCUGGAGCAGGAGAUCACUGAGCUGAAGAGGAAAGACGCUGAGCUGGAGCAG